UGGUCGGCGCGGCGCAGCGCCGCACGUGUGAAAGCCCGGCGGCUGGUGGGAGAGCGUGUCCCAGUGGGUCUCCGCACCGUGCAGGCUGUGCGGAUAGGCGCCUCCUCCGAGUCCCCGCCGCCGCCCUCCCGCGUCCGGAGCCGAGCGCCCUCUUCGCCUCUCGGCCCGCGCCCUCAGGCUCCCGGUUCUCUUAAAUGUUUUCUUGGGGCCUUCAAGAUGGAAAUGACAAUGUCCCUGAAACGUGGGUGCCUUGUUGUGGAAGAUAAUGACAGUGUGGCCCCACACGAGGAGACAAAGAAACAGAAGGUGUCCGAGGGGUGUCUGACCGACAGGCAGGAUGGGGUAGAGAAUGACGGUCUACACAGCGGUGAGAGCGAGCCUGGGCCGCCAGAGGUUGAAAGCACCGCGAAAGAUGGCGAGAAUUCCUGCGCUCAGGUGCAGGAGGAGGAGGAGGAAGAGGAGGACGGCCUUUCGGAGGCAGGGGAGGAGGAGGAGGAGCCGGAGAGUUUUGCAGACAUGAUGAAGCACGGGCUCACCGAACUGGACGUGGGCAUCUCCAAGUUCGUGAGUUCACAUCAAGGCUUCUCGGGGAUCCUGAAAGAAAGAUACUCUGACUUUGUUGUUCACGAAAUCGGGAAAGAUGGACGGAUCAGCCAUUUGGAUGACUUAUCUGUGCCAGUGGACGAAGAGGACCCUCCAGAAGAUGCUCUCACGGUCUUGACACCUGAGGACAGGCAGCAGUUGGAGGAGCUCCAGCUUUUCAAAAAUAAAGAAACCAGUGUUGCCAUCGAGGUCAUUGAGGACACCAAAGAGAAAAGAACCGUCAUCCAUCAAGCCAUUAAAUCUCUCUUCCCAGGACUAGAGACAAAAACAGAGGAUAGAGAGGGGCGGAAAUACAUCGUAGCCUACCAUGUAGCUGGCAAAAAGGCUUUGGCAAAUCCAAGAAAACACUCUUGGCCAAAAUCCCGGGGAAGUUACUGCCACUUUGUCCUCUACAAGGAAAACAAAGACACCAUGGACGCCAUCAAUGUCCUGUCCAAGUAUCUGCGGGUAAAACCAAACAUAUUCUCCUAUAUGGGAACCAAAGACAAAAGGGCAAUCACAGUCCAGGAGAUUGCUGUUCUCAAAAUAAGUGCACAAAGACUUGCGCACCUGAAUAAGUGCCUGAUGAACUUUAAGCUCGGGAAUUUCAGCUAUCAGAAAACCCCUCUGAAGUUAGGAGAACUUCAAGGAAACCACUUCACUGUUGUUCUCAGGAAUAUAACAGGAACUGAUGAGCAAGUGCGGCAAGCCAUGCAGUCUCUGAAGGAAACCGGCUUCGUUAACUACUACGGCAUGCAAAGGUUUGGCACCACAGCUGUUCCCACGUACCAGGUUGGAAGAGCGAUUCUACAGAAUUCCUGGACAGAAGUCAUGGAUUUAAUACUGAAACCCCGCUCUGGAGCUGAGAAGGGUUACUUGGUGAAAUGCAGAGAAGAGUGGGCCAAGACCAAAGACCCAGCCUCUGCUCUCAAAAAGCUGCCCGUCAAAAGUAUAUCCCUCCCUGAGGAUCACAUUCAGGUAGUCAGGCUUGGCUACAAGUGCCUCCACCCGCUGACCAUCCUGGUCCAUGGCCGUGUCUUCACUAGAGCUUUCAACUGCCCAAGGAAGGCAGCCGGACAGGAAGUGCUAAGAGGUUGCCAGUGUGGCUUCAGGAAAAGGGGAGCGUUGUUGAUACCCAGAAACAAUCGCUUAAUGUAUAUCCAUAGUUACCAGAGCUAUGUAUGGAAUAACAUGGUGAGCAGAAGAAUUGAGGAGUAUGGGCUGAGGCCUGUGCCCGGAGACCUUGUUCUCAAAGGAGCCACAGCUACCUAUAUUGAGGAAGAUGAUGUUAGUAACUACUCCAUUCAUGAUGUGGUGAUGCCUUUGCCUGGCUUUGAUGUUAUCUACCCCAAACAUAAAAUCAGCGAGGCCUACAGGGAAAUGCUUGCCGCAGACAACUUGGAUAUCGACAACAUGAGACACACGAUUCGAGAUUACUCCUUGUCGGGGGCCUACCGGAAGAUCAUCAUCCGGCCCCAGAGUGUCAGCUGGGAAGUUGUUGCAUAUGAUGAUCCGAAAAUCCCACUUUUCAACACGGAUGUGGACAACCUAGAGGGAAAACCACCACCAGUCUUUGCUUCGGAAGGCAAAUACAGGGCUCUGAAGAUGGACUUUUCUCUUCCUCCUUCUACUUACGCCACCAUGGCCAUUCGAGAAGUGCUCAAAAUGGACACCAGCAUCAAGAACCAGACCCAGCUGAAUACGAGCUGGCUGCGAUGAACAGCUCGCCGCUUAGAGAGGGGACACAGGCCUGCUUCUGACCUCCUGUUCUGGCCUUUUUAAAGUGCUGACUCGUGUUUGGAAUUUGAAACUUUUAUAGUAAAGCAUUAUUUGUAUUUUGUAAAGUUUUUAUCAGCUUAAACACUUUGCAAUAUUUGUACGCAUAUACAAAUCCUGAGGAUCCUAAUUACAGCUCAGAAAAUAUAAAUCGGUCAGCAUAUCCUUUAAAUUCUAGUAUAGCAUAGGCUUUGGGGCUUUGUAAUAGUAAGGGGACUUUUGUUUAAAGUUUCAGGUUUGGGUUUUGCUGUGCACCUGAAGUACAGACAAAAUCUCAGAAGUCUGUGCUGGGAUUACACAGGUCCUUGUCAGAGCAAAUGCAGCGACUGGAAGUUAGACUGCACACUUAACACGCAGUACUCAUGUUGGUUCCAAUGAUAGCAAAGCACUCACAGGUUUCUGAACAUAGCGUGGCUUUUGCUGUGAGACUGCAUUAGAUUCGGGUAAGCAUUUAUAGCAUCUUAGCUUGCAGUGGCUUCUCUGGCUAGUCCGUCAGCAUCUUUCAGGGAUAAGCCUGUAGCUUUCAUUGGGUGCAGUCUGAUUUUACUUGAGGUGCUUUUUACUUUCAGAACCUUUUCCACUGGACUCACAAGUAAAUAGUGAUCACAAAGAAAAUAUGGAAAGCUUAGAAGGGCUCCUACUUCCAUCUGCAGCGCUAACCCUCUGUCAGCAGCUGCUUACAAAUUUCCAUCAUGAGCAAUGCAAAAAAUCCCUCCUCUGAAAGGACGGAUAUGCCUUUCUGAAGGUGUGGGCCAUGACUCUAGCCAGUUUUAUUUUCUAUUAUUUCUAAAAGCGAAUGUAAUAAUUAUUUUUAAGAACUCCUUUCUACUAAUUAUGUAAAUAAAUAAAUAUUCUAAAACUGA